AGUGAAUUAGGCCGAUUCGGCAGCCAGUGUGCUUCGCGAGUAUUCCAAGGGGGGUUUUCUCGUUUUUACAACAAAACGGGCGGCGCCGCGGGCAGAAGCGCUCCAGACGUCGCGGCGAGUGCUUGUGUCACGUUACACAUUGCAAUAUCAGACGAUUUUCCGCAAUUUUUCCAUCGCAUGGAAAAUUAAAUACGGAUAUUUUUUAUUUUAAUAAUUUGGCCUAUCAAUUUCGGUCUAAUUUUAUUACCAUAAAUAUAAAUUUUAUUAGAUAUUAAAUAGAUAAAAAAAUAUAAAUAAGUGUUAAUAAAUUAGAUUUUUUAAGAAAGUGCGUUUUUAAAUCUACAGACAACAAUUAUAAAAUUUUGUACUUAUUAAAAUUUGGUAUAAACACAUAAGUACUUACAACCUAUUGAAAAUUGUGAUAACUAUGUACUGUUAAUAAUAAAGUACGAAAAAUGGAAAUACAGCCGGAAAAAUUGAGACAACCAAAAUAAUAAACAAAAAUAAAAUAAACAUAUGAUUUGCAAGCUGUUCAAGACAUAGCUCAAGAGAUGCAAGCUAUGAGCGCUAAUACAAGUGCGCCGCGGGCGCCGCAGCGCUCACCUUUUGCUAUACAGGAGCUCCUAGGUCUUUCAGAUAGCAGAGACUCUAGAGAACGAUAUUUUGAAAACCGGGACAACGAUAGAGUGCUAAAUUUGUCAGAAAGUAGAGAGUCUCGAGCACCAUACACGCCUCAGUUCCAGCUGCCAGCAUCUGUGGCCAGCCGAGUUGCGUAUGCCGCUGCUUUCAAUGCCCAAGCAGCUGUGGCUGCAGCAUUUUUGCCUGGCCCACCACUACUCCAUCCACCACCUGGAUUCCCGCAAAUCAAGUCACCCUACAGUCCCACCUCACAGCCGCAUCUUACAGCGGUGCGCCAGUUUUAUUCAGGCGUUCCGGCGCUAGAAGCAGCGAAAGAUUUCACAGUCGACGGCCUUACUGGGUACAAUGGCAAAAAGAAGAAGAAAAAACGCCGGCAUAGCAGGACGAUCUUCACAUCAUACCAACUGGACGAGCUGGAAAAAGCAUUCAAGGACGCACACUACCCUGACGUGUAUGCCAGAGAGAUGCUCUCCCUCAAAACUGACCUGCCCGAAGACCGGAUACAGGUCUGGUUCCAGAAUCGACGGGCCAAGUGGCGCAAAACGGAAAAGUGCUGGGGACGGUCGACGAUCAUGGCCGAAUACGGACUCUACGGCGCCAUGGUCCGCCACUCCUUGCCACUCCCGGAAACUAUACUCAAGAGCGCGAAAGAGAACGACUCGGUAGCACCAUGGCUGCUUGGUGAGUUCGGCAUGCACCGCAAGUCGCUGGAAGCAGCACAACACCUCAAGGAGUCAGGGUCAGAACGAGAGGGCUCGGAGCCGGAGGUAGAACGUGCGCCGUCCGCCUCGCCACACCACCACGAUAACCACGAUAACCAGGCGCAAAGCUCGCCAGCAAGUAGUACAACAGCGUCCUCCUCAGCAAAAGGUCGGGCGUCGCCGGAGCCGGGCCGGGAGAUGUACGACGACCCUGAAGCAUUCCGGAAUAACAGCAUUGCAUGUCUGCGGGCCAAGGCGCAAGAGCACCAGGCUAGGAUCCUUUCAAACAAUCUACUUCUACAGGUUCGGGGCAUGUCACGAAGCGCGAGCGGCGUGACAGUGGAUGACGACGGCCCCGCCGACAUAGAUGUCGGCACUGAGCCCCCACCCCUCGAACCGCCGCAUACCCCGCAUCCACCGCAUUCGUCGCACCCGCACCCAGCGCAUCUCUACUGACGUGCCGACACGGCGAUGUCACACAUACUUUACUAGUCGCUACGACCAACUACUGUAGUCUAAAUGCUUGGCCAUGACUUUGGGCUUGGAGACGUGUGGUGCAAAAACUGGCACGAUAUAUAAUUGUACAGAAUGGACACAGAUUUGCAAUACCUUUCCUACGGUAACUGAACAUCUUUAAUGUCGGACUAACGCCGUACGCGCAACUGCUCGUAUUUACACUAUGGUUUCGACGGCAAACGAUGGCAAUAAGCACUUGCUUCUACACUAGUACCGCAAAAUACUAGUAGUCAUUGUAAAACUGUGGUAUAGAGAUAUAUAAAGUCAUAUUUCGCUAAUCGACACCGUAUCGUUUUCUGUUGCUAAGCCCAAACUCGUGAUCGAACGUAUAACGAAUUGUAAAUUGUUUAAUUUAUAAUUAUUUAGAUACAAUUGGUCGUGGCAUGACUAGAAUUACUUAUAUAGCGUGUGACGAUCAGUGACAAAGCCCAUAAUCGUGUUAAGUAAUGCUUAAUAUGAGUUAUGUGACAAUUUAAGUUUAAAUCAAUCCAUUUAUAAUGAAACCAGUGAUUAACAAGUGGCAAUGCUCGUGUGAUGAGCGUAUACGAUACGCGAAACAUUGUAAAAAAAAAACUGCUACGUAUUUAAAGUGUAAUUAUGUACAUUGUAGUUCGUAGAGUAUUUAACUAAAUCCCGUUUUUCGUGCAAUACCUUUGGUUAAGUAUUUAUCUAUGUAGCCGCGUUGUGUUAGCGAUUGUAUAAAGAUUCCCCACGCACUUAGAUUAAUUAUACCUUAUUCUAUUAGAGUUUCAUGUCCCGUAGUGUAAGUGUAACAUUUCGAACUGUGAAUUUAAUUAAGUAGUUAAAAUUGGUAAAUAUUUAUUUUGAUUGCUAAGAGUCUAGUAUCCCAAAUACCGAUAGUAAGUGUAACUGUGAGAUGCAUAUUCAAGAUUUGCAUUUAAAUUAUGAAAUAAAUUUCGCCAACAACGAAAAUUGUUUUGACUGUCAUUACAUUUGUAGUAUAUGUAUCUAUGUAAGUACUUACCUACCUGCCAUUGAAUCAAAUAUACAUAUAAACCUCCAAUAUAAAUUAUAUUAAAAAAAAUCUAAAUUGACGUAUUGUUAUGAUAUUUAGCACGUAACUUUUGAUUUAUAAAUUAAACUUUAAAAUUCAAAGGAAAAUAAAAUCCAUGUUGCUUAAUUUUGGCCACAUCUGCAACACAGUGUUUACAAUACUGUCCAGGGCUCCUAGAUUAGGGUUCUAAUAUCGACUAAGGCCUCUAGCCGAUCUAAGACGCCUAGAAAUUUAGAUAUACCAACUCAAAAUGUCUCCUUCUGACAGCCUGAAAAGCUUAUAUCUACAUACACUUCAUCCAGAUUGGCUAUAUUUAUGUAGAUGAAUUUAAAAAUGAAUUUUAUCAAUACCUAAUAUAUAAUUGAUUGAAUUUAGACUUUUAAAAUCUAAAAUAAACAAUAGAAAAUGUAACUCUAAUAAAUCUUAAUUCUAAUUGAAUUUUUAAACAAUAUUAGUUUUCAGUGAGCAUUUUAUCAAGAACUCGUAUUCACCUAAAAGUCGUUUGUGUUAAAAAUCUAUAUAAAUGUAAAUACCCCAAAAAGGUAACUCCUGUUCUGAAAUUAAGACGAAAACGAAAACAAACAUCGAAAACAUUCCACAACUAUUUUUCUUGUAAUUUAAGUUAAUAAGGAAACAAUUCAUAGAAAUUUUCUAUGAUUGUCUUGUGAACGUUGGAGUUGACUGCUAUGACUCGUAAUACAUGUACUGUAAUCUGAUAGGACACGUUAAACAUUCUUAUUAUUACUAUAACUAUUCUUACAUUUAUUUAUUAAUUUAUUUAUCUCAUAUCAGCAUAUUUUGAUCAGCUUAAUUCCAAGUGUAAUUCAUCAUUAUCAUCAUAUCAGCUGUUUAAAUUAUAAUAAUUAAAGCAGACCAUUUUGAUUCUUAACAAAGCAUAUAAUUAUUAUUAACUACUUUUGUAUGUCAUCUGCUAUAAUUCUCAAUGUACCAAAAUCUGUCAAAAUUUGUCUCACGUGACCUGUGUCGAAAUAAAAGCCGGUUGGCUCGAUUGAACAGUACUUAUACAGUAUACUGUACUUAUCUCUGUACUUACAUAGAAUUGUAAAAUAUUUAUUGACUAAACAAAUUGAAUGGGACGGUACCGUAAUGUUUAAGGUUAUUCCGAUAAAUAAAAAAAAUGUAUAAAUCA